AUGUUCCGGGCACCUGCUAUCCGACAGGUCAACGUGUUGACCAAGGCUGAAUGGCAGAGGAUUCAAAAUGAAGUCAACCAGGGUGAUAGAGACAAGGAGGGUAUGAGAGAAGCAGAGAAGCAGAGAAGAGCCCUGCACCUGCGCUCAGAACAGAUGGUGAAAGAGUGGCCAGACACCAUCACUAAUCAAAGGAAAAAGAAGAUGGAGGCGAAGAAGAUCCGGGAACAGAUUAUGGAGGAGAAAAGGAAGCAGUUGGAUAUAGAAGAGGCCGAAUACAAGGACCAACAACGUAAAGACAUUGUUGUGAAAGCCAAGACUCAGGUCUUCAAUCACACCAACCGAGUCCAAGGAUUACAUAGUGCACUCUUGCUGACAGAGGUGUUGAAGGAGAGGGCGGCUCAGAUUGAGCUGAAGAAAAGGCGUGCCUCUAAAGAUGUGGAAAAAGAAUUCAUGAAUUCGGGAGAGAGCAGACAGGAUGAGGUUCUUAGGGAGGAGGGAGAGAAAGCAGUCCAGAGGAAGCUUAAGCAGCUGGCUUUUGCAGAGGAGCUGGAAAAACAGGUGAAGGAAUUUGAGUUGGCUAAAGAGCGAAGAGAGGAAGAGAACAAGAAGGACGGAGAGGAAAACCUUCGCCUUCAUGAGCUCUAUCUGGUGGAGCAGAGAAUGAAGGAAGAAAGACAGGAAGAGCAGAAGAGAAACCUGAAGCAAGGUCAAAUGGAAUAUGUCAAUAAAAGAGACCUCAUGAGAGCAGCAGAGGUCCAAAAACGGGCGGCUGAAGAGGAGCAGAGGAAAGUGUAUCUCUUUGAGAAAGACAUAGAGAUGGAGUUAAGGAAAGAGAAAGAAAUGGAAUUGUUCAGAGAGUCCCAGAGAAGAAAAGACGUGUUCAUAAAGUCCAUGACGGACCAACAGCAGCAGGAAACAGAUAUAGAGGAUCAGAGGAUCGCCAAGGCCAUCGCCGAAAGGGAGGCCAGACGUGAGCAGCUGCUGAGGGAGGAGGAGGAGAAGAGGACUGACUUGGUGGAGUCCAUCACUGAACACAGAGAACUCCAGAUAUGCCGAAAGGAGCAGAGGGACAAAGAAGAGAAACAGAUGUGCAGAGACAUUCUUGAGGCCAAGAAAAAAGCUGAGAUGAUCUUUCUUGAGGAAGAAACAGCGAAGGCUCAGAGGAUCAGAAAAGAUCUAAGAAAGAUCCAAGACUGCAACUCAACACAACUGGCUGCAAAAGUUGCCAGGAGGCAGCAACUGAGACGGGAGAAAGAUGAGUUUGAGGCAAAGAACAGAGACAUCCUGGCUGAGGAGGAAAAGCAGUUUCUAAUCUAUUCACACAACGUCAUCAAUGCAGCAGCAGAGGCUCAGCGAGACCUCUUCCCACUUUGCAAAGCUGCAAGCGAUGGGAUCGGAGGAGGACUCGGUCCUGUUGUCGGGGGAGUCAGGCCCAGCUACAUGGCUCAGGAACACAGCGGUGUUCAGAUGCCCAUCAACUCUGGUCCUACCAAGGACAUUUAUGAGACGGUAUUUAUUGAUGAAGCCAAGAUGAGAAUGGGGUUUAUCUGGUGA